UCCACGUACAGUAGUACUGUGUGCCAAGUCACGCAAGUCAAUCAUAAAAUUCCAUUGUAGCUACAAAAUUAUUCCAAGUCUCUCAGCCUAACCCAUUUGCUUUGAAGGAAGUCUGUGUGCCAGAGGCGGCUGUACAUUGAGCUAUCAAUUAAUGGUGAUCACAUGAACACCCAAGCCAUUUACCUCUUCAAAGUCUCCUCUGGAUCAGUCUUUUGUCUUCUGGGCUCUCUUCGAUUUUAAGCAAGGAUUGAUUUCACUCUCUGGGUUUGAAGUGGCGAUCUCUUUCAUCGAAAGCUCCGGCGAUCUCGAUCUUGGGCGCCGGUACAGUGUCCACGACACCUCCAACGGGCUCUAGCUGUAUGUAGAUAUCUGUAUAUAUUGAUGCCUAUAUAUGUAUACAUAAUAGAUAUACUCCAUUUGUAUUAUUGUAUAUUGAUGCAUAUAUAUUAUAGAUAUACUCCAUGUGUGUUUGCUUCUAGCUUCGCGGAAAAACCAUAAAUAGAUCUUUAGAGAAUGCGGUUCUUCCACUAGCUUUUGCUUUUCUUGACUGGAUUUCAGUUCUCUCAUUGGCUAAGCUGGCAUCUCUUCUUAAAUACAAAUUGAAUUGCGUUUGGAGUCUUGACAGAUAAGCAGUGCUCUCUUGGGGCUUCACUCCUUAGUCUUUUCUUGGGCUUUGUACAAUGUCUCCUAUGAAAUUCCAAGAAGCCUCUUCUUCGGUUUUUCCAUGUAGUUAUCAUGUGUUCUUGAGCUUCAGGGGCGAGGACACUCGCAAGACUUUUACCGAUCACCUCUACACAGCUUUGGGCCAAGCCGGAUUUCACACCUUCAGAGACGACGAUGGCUUAGAAAAAGGAGAAGAUAUCAAGUCUGAACUUUUGAAAGCAAUUCGAGAGUCGAGGAUUUCGAUAAUCGUCUUCUCCAAGAACUAUGCCUUGUCAACUUGGUGCCUUGAAGAGCUUGUGAUGAUCCUCAAACGCAGGGCUUCCGGACACAUAGUUCUACCUGUCUUCUAUGAUGUGGAUCCGUCUGAAGUGAGGAAGCAAAUCGGCAGUUUUGAAGAAGCAUUUAUGAGGCAUGAAGAGAAGCUCAAAUCAGAAAUGAGUGAACUGGCGAAAGAGAAAUUGAAGGAUAAGAUAGUAACAUGGAGGGCUGCGCUUAGAGAAGUUGCAGAUGUGGUCGGGAUGAAUUUACAAAAUCAAAUUGAUGGAUACGAGGCAAGGUUUAUCAAAAAAAUUAUAAAAGUGGUUGGAGACAAGCUAUGUCGCAUGACCUUGAACAUUGCCCCCCACUUGGUUGGAAUACAUUCACGAGUAAAAGAUAUUCAGCUUUGGUUAGAAGAUGGGCCAAGUAAUGUUGGCAUAGUUGCAAUUUGUGGAAUGGGUGGAAUAGGCAAGACAACCAUUGCAAUACUUUUGUACAAUUUGAACUUCUCAAGAUUUGAAGGUAGUAGUUUUAUUGCAGAUAUAAGAGAAAUUUCACAACAACAAGAUGGUUUGCUUCGUUUACAAAGACAGUUUCUUACAGACAUUUGUAAGACAAGAAAUGUAAAACUCAAUAGUGUUGCUGAAGGAGCUACUAUGAUUAAAGAUGCCAUAUGUGGCAAAAAAGUUUUUGUAGUUCUUGAUGAUGUGGAUAAACUUGACCAAUUAGAUGCACUACUUGGAAUGCGAGGUUGGCUUUUUCCAGGAAGUAAAAUCAUCAUAACCACCCGGCGUGAGCGGUUGCUAGGGGUUUAUGAAUUCUAUAAGGUGCAUAGGCUUGAAAAUCUGAGUGACGAGGAAUCCUUGGAGCUUUUUAGCUGGCAUGCCUUUGGAAAAUGUUGUCCCAACAAUGGAUAUGGAGAGAUCUCAGAAAGGGUGGUAAGGUAUUGUGGAGGGAUUCCAUUGGCGAUUAAAGUUCUAGGAUCUUCUCUAUCAGGGAGUUGCUUAAACGUAUGGAAAAGUCAAUUGGAAAAAUUGAAAGCGAUUCCCGACAGUCAAAUCCUUGAAAAACUCCGAAUAAGUUAUGACUCGUUACAAGAUGACCACGAUAAACGUCUAUUCCUCAAUCUUGCUUGCUUUUUUGUUGGAAGCGAUAAGGAUUCUAUAGUUACAAUUUUAAACGGAUGUGAAUUCUACACAUUGGUUGGGAUUCAAAACCUCAUGGAGAGAUGUCUAAUAUCGAUUGACGAAAGUAGUACACUAGUAAUGCAUCACUUGGUUCAAGAAAUGGGAAGAGAAAUUGUUCGUCAAGAGUCGCCAAAUGAGCCAGGCAAACGUAGCAUCCUCUGGAAUCACAAGGACGCAUUUAAUGUUUUGAGAGAAAACACAGGCACAAGCAAAAUAGAAGGCCUCAAACUCGAUAUGUGUCUAUUGAAAGAGGAAGCGUAUGCUUGUACGGUCUUUGGUGAAAAUAGAAAACGUCGCUAUGAAGAGUUCCUUGGGAAGCCCUUAUUGUCAAAUUUGGGUGGUUCGCUUAAAAGAUAUGGUUUCAGUAUCUUUUCCUCUUACCUCGAACCCACAGAUUCAAAAAAUUCAAAUCCAAUGGCUUUGGAGCCUGAUGCAUUUGCAAGGUUGAACAAACUAAAACUUCUGCAGCUCAAUGGUGUACAUAUUAGGGGGUCCUAUAAAAAGUUUCCUAAAGGAUUAAGAUGGUUGUGCUGGCAUGGAUUCCAACUUAAGUCCAUACCUAGUGAUUUCCCUUUGGAGUGCUUGGUUGCUCUUCACAUGCAAUAUAGCAGCUUAAAAAAUGUAUGGGAGGGAGCCAAGUUCCUAUGGUUGUUAAAAAUCCUCAAUCUAAGUCAUUCACGUGACCUUGCAAAAACUCCCGACUUUUCAGAACUCCCCAAUCUUGAGAGGCUGAUGCUUAAAAAUUGUGCAAGUUUGGUCGAGGUUCAUGAAUCCAUUGGAAGCCUUGAGAGACUUGUUUUGUUAAAUUUGGAAGACUGCAAAAAUUUGAGGAAUCUUCCGAGAAGCAUUUGUAAGCUAAAACAUUUGGAAACGCUUGUCAUCUCCGGUUGCUCAAAUCUCAACGAAUUGCCGACAAACAUGGGAAAUAUGGAGUCUCUAACUGUGCUCGUGGCAGAUGGAAUUGCUUUAAAUCAAUCAGUCCCUACAAAUGGGCUAGUGAACGCAAUGCAAUCUUUCAUCUGGCCAUGGCUGUUGAAGCCAAGAAAAAGUUCAGAGAUUUCAUGGCCUUCUUUACCAAGUUCCUUGGUAGAAUUAAGUCUAGUGAAAUGUAAUCUUUCGGAGGAUUCUUUUCCUAGAGGCCUUAGCAACCUAUGCUCACUGAAGAAACUAGAUCUGUCGUAUAAUCAAUUUUGUAGCCUCCCAGAUUUCAUCAGAGGUCUUACUAAGUUAGAGUACUUUUACAUAAAUCAUUGCCCAAAGCUCCGCAAACUUGAUGGGGUCCCGCAACUACAUCAUUUGCGUUGUGUAGCUAAUAGAUUGCUGAAGGAAGUAACGUUCCAAAUCUCUCACCGUCCAACAACCAUUUGUUAUUUGGAUGCAUGCCACCAUCCAGAGACUUUGAGCUUAUUCAAAUUAGAAUCCAUAGAAAACGUUGAAGCUGAGAUUGUUAAAAAUUUGGGCUUGUCGAACUUACAAUAUUCCACGGGAAAUUUAACUGUAAAGCUAACGUCAUGGUUUGACAUGCAAGAAAGGAGAUUUCCCCUCCAGGUAUGUUAUGAAACACAUAUAAUCUGUGCUUAUAUUCCUGAUAGCAAGGUUCCACCCUGGUUCAAUUUUAAGAGUCAAGGAUCCUCAAUUGAUUUUAUUGUGCCUUCAUAUCUUAAUUCGAGGAUCCGAGGCUUGAACUUGUGUUCCAUUUAUGAGCACUCUGGUGAUCCGAGACGUUAUGAACCACAUGCUGUCAUAAGUAAUAGGAUGAAGGGAUUGGUUUGGAGCCAUCGCCCAUUUGUUAUUGGAACUGCGGAAGAUGAUGAAGAUACAAUGUGGUUAAGUUAUUGGAAUUUUGGAAAUCGUUUGGAAGGCGGAGAUGAAGUCAGUAUUUCAAUGUCUGGAGGUGAAUUUGUGCAUGUAAAGGAGGUAGGAGUCCGCCUUCUGUAUGAAGAGGAACCAAAAGAGAUGAGCUCCCAAUCAGCCUACGGAGAUAAUAUACCCCACCAACUCCAUCAAUUUGGAAAUAUCGUUCCAGGAAUUGUUUCUUCAAAUCAGCCGGGGACAAAAUUGUACCAACUCGGCUGUCAUCUUGUUGAUUGCAAGUAUUGUGAGCAUCUGUACCCUCCACCUUGGAUCCCUUCCACUCCUUGUGAUUAUGAUUAUACUGUGGAAUGUUUGGCUUCAAGGCUAUGGAUGCGGAAGCCAUUUUAUGUUUCUCAAGAUCAUGGGUGUUGAUUUUGUUAGAAAUAUGUAAACCUAAUUUAGGUAUUUUCCUUGUCUUAUUUUUUGGUUGCUCUUUUGUAAUUUUAUGUAUCUUUUGUGUCUUAGUAUGUAAUAUGUUAAAAAGUGGUUGUAGAAGUACUAGAAAUAUCUAGUGGCUGGUAAGUAAAAGUGUCUUUGUUCUUGGUGAAAAAAAAACGUGAGAGAAAGAAGAGUGAAAAGUGAGUCUUUGUCUAGCUCUUGUGUUGCAGUAUUUGAAGGUGAAGAAAAAGGCUUUGUAAUGCUUAAAUCAAGUGAAGAAAAUCAUCAUUUUUAGUGUC